AAAGGGGGUGAGUUUUAAGACUUUGACAAUAUUGGUGGAUUACAUUUACUCGUACCGAAUGCAGGUUAGUAAGGUUAAUAUUGUAGAGGUCGUCACCCGGGCUAAAGUGUUAUAAAUUAUUUUCGCAGUUCAAGCUGCUGUCGAUAAAAUGUCGGAGCAGAUUACCGCUGAGAACUGCUAUGAGAUUUUGACAAUAGCCAAAAGGCAAUGUAUCGGUGAAUUGAAGCAGAAAGCCUACAAGCACAUGAGUGACAAUUUCUUGGAAAUACUGCAUGAUCCUGCUGUCUAUGGGCGUUUGACGGGAGGGGAGAGAGAGCUGAUUCUCACUAUGAGAAUGGAGGGAAAGAGGGCGUUGGUGGUGGCUGAAAUCAACGAGGUGUAUGACCGCGCCGGGAGCAGACCUCCAAGCCGUGAGAACAGUCGCCCCCAGAGCCCUCUAUCGAUGGUGUCCCUGGAGGAGAACCAUGUGAUUUACUACUACAACGAGGAGACAAAGGACUGGAAAGUGCUGACGAAGAUGCCGGAUGAAAUCAACACAAAGGGCUCUGGGAUAUGCACCAUGUACAAUUAUCUAUUCGUAGCAGGUGGAAUCAAAAGGCAGGACGACAAAGGCAAGGUCUCGGACAAGGUGUUCUGCUACAACCCUCUCACUGACAGCUGGAGCGAAAUACGACCGCUCACCCAGGGUCGGUCUCAGCUCAAACUGGUGUCCAUGGACGGGUACCUGUUUGCAAUCGGAGGGGAGUGUCUCUUCACGGUGGAGAAAUACGACCCUCGCACUGACAGAUGGAGCCCUGUGGCGCCGCUACCAAAAGGGGCGUUCGCUGUUGCGCACGAGGCAACGACCUGUAAUGGAGAGCUGUUCGUAUCCGGAGGCUCUCUCUUUUAUCGUCUGCUAAGAUAUGACAGUAGAAGAGCUGACUGGGAGGAAUGCCCGUUCAACAACAGCAGGAAGAAAUCCACCGACAUGGUGGCGUUCAAAAACUUCAUCUACAGGUUUGACGUCAACCGUGACUAUGGCGUCAACGUGUUCAAAUACAACACUGUGGUGAAAAUAUGGCAUGACAGUGCGUCCCUGGAGCAGACCAACCCCUUGCCCUUUCGCUGUGCUGUCAUUGGCAACACUAUUUACUGUGUGAACAAGUCCCAAACAUUGCAGUUUGUUGUGGAAGAGGAGAAUGAACAGUUUUUGCCUGAGGCAGAAGCACUCAAAGCACCUGUAGAGGCUAAAGGCGUCCUUGUUCCAUUUGUCCUGGCUCUGCCCAAGACAGCCUGAGACAGAAUAAUGAACAAUAUUUACUUAUUUUUGGAGACUCACUAAAGCAGCCUCAGAAAUGUCAUUUGAGGACAAAAUAUGUUGUGUUUGAUAAAAGAAUGAUAAAUUAAAUAAUUUGUCCAUUUUCAUGAACAGUAUUUGUAAUUCCUACCAGAGGACAGUAAUAUUGUGAUAGGCUUCUCUUAUCUUGCCUCUAUGGCUAUACACUUCAACAGCUCUACAGAAACAAUGUAGACUAGUGUAUAGACCUAGGUGAUGUCAAUAGGUAGAACUUUUUCAUCAACAGCACUGCCAAAGCAAUAUUUAUUUCCAAGUGUUUAUAAUUCAAUGUCAAUAUAACUAUUGCAUGAUUCAAAUAGUUUUCCUCUCUGAGAGUAUUACCUGUUAUUACUACGUGGAAACAUUGCCUUGUUCUCUCUUAGAGUAGAAAUAAAACGUGUAAGUCGCUUUGGAUAAAAGCGUCUGCUAAAUGUCAUAUAUUAUUAUUAUUAUAUUAUCCCUAUUGAUAUAAUAUAACCUAGCUACUAUGACUUUAUUACAGGGAAUGAU